CAAGGCCUGAGCGUAGAGCGCUUCCUCUGUAGAGUUCAGGCAGGAGCAAUCCAUUGCAGUUGUGUUGGCGGGAUUUUUGAAACGGCGACGGUUCCGCCACAAGGAGGCUUCGCAAUAACCGGGGGACAGGAAUGGCUGCCGCCUCCGAAGGAGAAGAAGACGAUGUGGGCGAAGGAGCCCUCAAGCUGCUCGGCGAGGAAGGCGAGAGUACGCCGGACCUGCUCACUCUAUUUCGCAUAAAGGAACAAAUAAGCCAACAGCUUAUGGAAUAUAAUACGACAGUUAAUGCAGGUGAAGAAGGCAUUCCAGAUCAAGCUAUAGAUGAAAAGAUAAUGGAGAGUUCCAUUGAAGUCUUGGAAAGAGAAAUGGACGAGAUGGAGAUAUCUUACCGAAACAAAACUUUAGCAUUACAAAGGAUCCAAGUAGCUGAUGCCCUCAGAAACAAACUGAUGGAUGAGGAUGAAGAUUCUAAGUUUAUCCGGGAUACUACAAAACACAUCAUUAUGCUUAGCACGGCAAUACUUCAAUCAGAGCAGCAAUCGCGUGAACUGGAAGAAAAACUGAAUGAGGUGAAGCGGAGCAGAAUAGCACUAAAACGAGCUGGAGAAUGCAAAUUGGCACAAAUACGUGAUAUAAAGAGAAAAAGAAAGGCAGAAUUGGAAAAUAUGAAAGUAGGUGAAAUAUUGGAGAAAGUUCAUGGAGAUUUACAAAAGAAAAUUAAAAUUACCACGAUUGUUCAAAACGUCUUUCAGGUUGUCAAACCACAUGCACCAUUAAUUAAGUUUCCAGACAGAAAAAGUACUCCCAAACCUAAAAUGCAAGAUCCUCUGCAAUCAAGAGUGCCACCACUUCAUGCGUCAUCCGCACAAAUCUCUGCAGGAGGUGGACCGCCUUCCCAUCAACAUAUUUCAUUUAGUGGCAGAACACAAGGCACACCUGACACAGUAGAAUUAGUAAGAACGUUGCCUCAAAAAUACCGACGGAAACCAUUGUCAUCUGAAGAGAUGGAAUAUAUUCAAAGGGGAGGUCCAGAAUAACAUAGAAGAAUAUGCAUUUAGUUACUGCUGAACAACAAACUUGCUGUAAAGGCGUUCCUUACUAUCUGAGUAUUGUAAACUCAUUAUUAAAGGCCUUUUAUGAGACACUUCGGAAAGUGGCUGUGUCCUGAAUCAGAAGACAAUUCUGAUUCAAGUAACAAUCUGACUCCACUUUAUAUAACACCACCAUUAAAAUAUUUUUUUUUCAUUAUACUCCA